AUGCUCGCCCAAGCAGCCCUCGCGCUCCUCCCCCUCCUCUCCCUCCCCGCCCUCGCCAUCGACGCUGACGCUAUGCGUUCGCGCUCCGUCUACCAAGUCAUCACAGACCGUUUCGCCCGUGCUACUGGCUCCACCGGCGCCUGUGUCGAAGCCGACCGCAGUUACUGCGGCGGUACAUGGUCUGCCAUCACCGACCAUCUCGACUACAUCCAAGGUAUGGGUUUCGACACCGUCUGGAUUUCCCCCGUCGUCGACAACAUUGGCGAUGAGACGGGCGAGGGCGAGGCGUACCACGGUUACUGGACACUCAACCCCAACUCUCUCAACUCCAACUUUGGUACCGCCGACGACCUCAGGGCGCUGAGUACGGCCCUCCAUGACAGGGGCAUGUACCUCCAGGUCGAUCUCGUUGUUAACCACGUGGCUGCUACUUCCAGCUCUACCUUCUCCCCCAGCGACUCUUACGGUCCUUUCAGCACCAACUCUACCAUCCACCCCUUCUGCUGGAUUGAAGACUACAACAACCAGACCAACGUCGAGCAAUGCUGGCUCGGUGACGACUCCGUCGCCCUUGUCGACUUGAACACUGAGGACGAGUCGGUGACUUCCUACUGGAACACUUGGGUUAGAGACCUCGUCUCCAACUAUACAAUCGACGCUAUCCGAAUUGACACUGUCAAGCACAUCCGUGUCGACUUCUGGCCCGACUUUGUCAACGCCGCUGGUGUCUUUAACCAGGGUGAAGUCCUUCUCGGUGACGCCGACUACGUGGCCAACUACCAGAACAACGGCAAUGUCAACCCGUUCAACUAUCCCGUCUACUACCCUCUCAUCUCUGCUUUCAACGGUACCAACCAAGACUUUACCUCGCUUGUCGACAUGGUUGCCACUGUCAAGAGCAACUUUAGCGACCCCACCUUGCUUGGUUCUUUCCUCGACAACCAUGACAACCCCAGGUUUGGAAGCUACCAGAGCGACACUUCGUUGAUCAAGAACGCCCAUGCUUACCCUCUCGUCACUGACGGUAUUCCUUACGUCUACUACGGUUCCGAGGCUGGGUUUGACGGUGGUGCCGACCCUCUCAACCGAGAGCCUCUCUGGACCAGCAACUACGACACCACCACCAGCAUGUACGGCUUCUUUACUGCUUUGAACGGUGCCCGUACCGCUGCGGCCAACGCCUCCAGCUCGUUCUACACCGACCAGAUGACCGUGUCCAGGCUCUCCGACACUUCCAUUCUCAUCGCCAAGCAGCCCCUCAUCUCUGUCCUCUCCAACUCUGGCGCUUCCGCCUCCAACGCCACCGUCACUGUCGACACCUCUGCCUCUGGCUGGGCUGCCUCUACCUCUAUCGUCGACACUAUCACUUGCGAGGCAUUUACCACUGACGCCAGCGGUAACCUUGAUGUCGUCAUCUACAGGGGCUUGCCCCGAGUCAUGAUUGAGAGCAGCAGCAAGGGCGCUCUGUGCGGCAGCAACUCUGUGGACAGCAGCUCGAGCAGCGACUCUGCUGCUGGUCUCACCGCGGCUGUUGGCGGCUGGGCCGUCGCUGCCGGUGUCGCUGUGGCCGGUUUGCAGGUCCUUCUGUGA